AUGACAACAGCAACUUUGAUUUGCUGUAUGUCACUUUUAGCACUGACAGCAGCAUUCUUUCAAUCACAUUCCCACGAAAAGUCUGAAGAAGACGAACCAGAAGAAUGGAAACAUCACAAGCAUCCCACGAUGAAGUUCGAGAAAAAAGACAGUGAAGAAGAAGACAAACACAACAAAAAAGGCGGCUACUCAAGCUCAUCUGCAGAGAAAAAAGACGGAUUCGAUAUGGAAAAAUACUUCAAAGAUAUGAAGAAAAAAAAGUAUGACGCUGGAAAGUUUGGAGAACAUGACAAGAAAAAAGGUGAUAAAUUCUUCGACAAAGACAUGAAAUUUGGCGACGAAUCAAAGAAGUACGAAGCUGGGAAGAAGAGAAAUCAUGGUGCUAAAGGCAUGAAAAAAUACUCCUAUUAUGCUUCCGGGUCAGGUCCAAAAGGCAAAUAUAAGAAGGGCUUCUACGGAUCAGAAGGUUACAAAGAUAUCAAGAAGAAAAAGAAAUACGAUUCUAGGAAGAAAGGAGAAGGCUACAAAAAAGGACACGAUGAAAAAGGUCACAAAUACAAAGGAGAUAAGGAGAAUUAUAAAAAGAAGAAGUCUGGGCAUGAAAACAAAAAGGAGAAGUACAAGAAGAAGAAGCAUAAGCGUACCAAAUCAAAGAAGGGUAAAAAGGAGAAAUACUCGAAAUGGUCAGAUUCUGCUCAUCACAAAAAACACGGAAAGAAAGGAAAAGAAAAGGACUGA